AUGGAACUAAUAUCACCAGUCUACAUCGCUUUUUCUCUUUCUCACUAUCACUCUCUCUUUCUCUCCCUACGCAAUAAGGACGGAAGAACUUAUUCGAUAAAAGUUUUCAUCUUCUUUCUACUUCUCGCCCUCUCUCCCUCUCUCUCUCUCUCUCUCUCUCUUUCCUAUCUACUUUGUACGCCGCAUAUCUAUCUAUCUAUCUAUUUUCUAUCUAUCUCCAGUUUGUUUAUAAUCCAUCUAUCUAUCUAUCUAUCUAUCUAUCUAUCUAUCUAUCUAUCUCAAUUUGUUUAUAAUCUAUCUAUCUAUCUAUCUAUCUAUCUAUCUAUCUAUCUAUCUAUCUAUCUCAGUUUGUUUUAUUUUAUCUAUCUAUCUAUCUAUCUAUCUAUCUAUCUAUCUAUCUAUCUAUCUCAAUUUGUUUAUAAUCUAUCUAUCUAUCUAUCUAUCUAUCUAUCUAUCUCAGUUUGUUUAUAUUCUAUCUAUCUAUCUAUCUAUCUAUCUAUCUCAGUUUUUUGUUUAUAUUCUAUCUAUCUAUCUAUCUAUCUAUCUCAGUUUGUUUAUAAUCUAUCUAUCUAUCUAUCUAUCUAUCUCAGUUUGUUUAUAAUCUAUCUAUCUAUCUAUCUAUCUAUCUAUCUAUCUCAUUUGUUUAUAUUCUAUCUAUCUAUCUAUCUAUCUAUCUAUCUCAGUUUGUUUAUAAUCUAUCUAUCUAUCUAUCUAUCUAUCUAUCUAUCUCAGUUUGUUUAUCUAUCUAUCUCAUUUAUUUAUCUAUCUAUCUAUCUCAGUUUUUAUAUAAUCUAUCUAUCUAUCUAUCUAUCUAUCUAUCUAUCUACUUUGUGGAUCCCUUUUAUGUCAUUUACUUUCUCACUCUGUUCUCUCCCUGUCACGAUUAUUUACUUUCUUACACCACUUUCUCGUCCUCCCGCUUAUUUAAUUUUCUUCCUAUUUCUCUCUCACCAUCUUUCUCUCUUUUCUAUUUACUUAGUCAUAAUUCCCUGCUUUCAUUUUCUAUCAAGUACCAUUUCAUAG